AGGGUGCCUGCCGGUACGUGGCGUCGCUGCAGUCCCGCGCCUGAGGGAGGGAGUGACAGACAGCCUCCUCAGCCUCUUCCCUGCUCGCUUGUCCAUCCGUCCAUCCCCACCCGACAGGGGCUCGCCCGGCUUCUCUGGCGCUCGGGACUGGGAGGGUUGGCGCAAGGGAGCUGCCAGCGUCAGAGUGACUUACUUGAAGCUCAGCGCUUGAGCGAGGCGGACACACGCACCGAGCGCCUCUGGCCAUGGACCACUCCUCCUGGGAGAGGAACGGCACGAGCAGCCUCUUCCCUUACCCAGGGCGCGGGAACAGCAGCGUCGCCGCCGCCGCCUCCAGCAGCCCCACAGCCGGCGUGAGCGCCGCCAGCCUCGCGCCGCCGACGGAGCCGCCUAGCUUCUCGCCCCAGGAAGGCAGGAGCAGCCCGCCGUUCUGGAACAGCCCCCUGAACCAGGGUCUGAGCGUCUUCGUGGGGCUGGCCCUGUGCGUGACCAUGCUGGGCUUGGGCUGCACCGUGGAGCUGAGCCAGCUGGGCGCGCAGCUGAGGCGGCCCCUGGGCUUGCUGCUGGCGCUGCUCUGCCAGUUCGGGCUCAUGCCCCUCGUGGCCUUUCUGCUGGCGCUCAUCUUCGCCCUCGACGAAGUGGCCGCCGUGGCCGUCCUGCUCUGCGGCUGCUGCCCCGGAGGGAACCUCUCCAACAUCAUGUCCCUCCUGGUCAACGGAGACAUGAACCUCAGCAUCAUCAUGACUAUAUCGUCCACCUUGCUUGCUUUGGUCUUGAUGCCUCUUUGCCUGUGGAUCUACAGCCGCGCUUGGAUCAACACACCUCUAGUGCGCCUCCUGCCCCUGGGUGCCGUCACCCUGACCUUAUGUAGCACGCUGCUCCCCAUUGGACUUGGGGUCUUCAUCCGCUACAGGUAUACAAGGGUGGCAGACAUUCUGCUAAAGGUUUCCUUGUGGUCUCUCCUGGUGACCUUGGUGAUCCUUUUCAUUCUCACGGGUACAAUGCUGGGUCCUGAACUGCUGGCUACUAUCCCUGCCACUGUUUAUGUGGUAGCUGUGCUGAUGCCCUUGGCAGGCUACGGCUGUGGCUAUGGCGUAGCAACAUUAUUUCACUUGCCACCCCACUGCAAGAGGACAGUGUCACUAGAGACUGGCUGCCAGAACGUACAGCUCUGUACUGCUAUACUCAAGCUGUCUUUCCCCCCACAGCUCAUUGGGAGCAUGUACAUGUUUCCCUUGCUCUAUGCCCUCUUCCAGGCUGCAGAAGCUGGUUUGUUUGUGUUGGCCUACAAGAUAUAUGGCAAGGAUUUCUAUAAGCAAGAACCUCUAGGAGGGGAAGAAGAUGAAGAUACAGACAUUUCUUACAAGAAACUCAAGGAAGAGGAAGUGCCUGAUACUUCCUAUGGCACCGUGAUUACUGAGGGCCAUGGCUCUAUGCUUAUGGAACCUACACAGACUGCCCUGUAGAGGAAGGGAAGACCUGAAUGGGAAAUCCCAUUUUAGGAUAAGUGAUGUAGCAAACUGGUCAGCCAAAACAAGGAGGGCAGUGUAGAUGCUCUACGUGGGUUGUAUCCAAUGUUAGUCUUAUUUAAAGUAGACCCAUUAAAAUGAAUGGGAUUUAUAUUGGAUACAACUCCGUUGUGUAACCAUGCCCAUAUUUUUCUCCACAAAUAACAAAUCAUCUGCCCAGUUGUGGUGUGCCCAUCACCAUAAACAUAGUGUACCCUGAAAGGCACACAAGAAACAAGGCUCUACAUUGAAAAGAGGGAUUCUCUAAAGUAAUUUUGAGGGCUGGUGUGGAAGGGAGAGAAGACAGGGAGAGCAAGAGGGAAAUGCUGAUUGUAUUUGUCAAGUGUAACCAAAUGUUGCCAACCACAUUUGCUGUUUAAAAAACAAAGUUGUGUAUCUUGCAUAUCAUGCAGCUUCUAUGUAUGUGGAAAGGUUGAACUAAUGUUGUGUAUGCUUAUCAGUGAUUAAAUUUCUUCUUAUGGUACCAAGCCAUUAAGAGGACGAGGACGUGUGA